AGGAGGUGUCGUAGGACGCUUCUCAUCGCAGGAGGAACAGGACAUUAUUGCUAUGCCAGGGGGAGAGAUCACCGCAGGGGAGGGCUGACCAGAGCCACUGCCUGCCAACACCUAACCCCAAGACACUGCCAUCCAGACAGAGCGGAGGAGGGGGCAGGGAACCCGUGGACAGCUGGACAACCGGACACAGUAAAUGCACUUGGUCUCCGGGAUUACACGGAUAAAAAGAGAGAAAAAGGAAGACCCAACACAGAGGACAAGGGAUCAACUUGGGAAAAGUCUGGAAAUAAAAUUUGUCCUUGGUUUCUUGGGUGCUGUAGGGGGGGAAAAAAAAACAGAAGCGCGAUAGAAAGAGGGGAAGGGGGGGUCGGAGAAACGGAGGAGGCAGGAGGGUGGAGGACCAGACCGGAGCAACAAAACGACAGAGAGAAACAGAGAGAGGAAGAGAGAGAGAAAUGACUUCAAAGUGAUGGAAAGGAUCAGGACUCCAGCUCUGGGCAUGGCUGCGCUGCUGUGCCGCGUGUGGCUGCUGGCGCCUCUGCUGCCCAUGCUGCUGCUGGGCAUGCGCGCGGUGGCCGUGUGCCCCUCCAUGUGCUCCUGCAGCCAGGCCCACCGCACCGUCGACUGCUCCGCCCGCGGCCUCGCCCAGCUGCCCGACGGCCUGCAGCACAACAUCCGCUCCCUCAACAUCUCCCACAACCGCCUGCAGGACCUGGACGGCCUCCUCGGCCACUUCACCCACCUGCGAACGCUGGACGUGUCCCACAACCGCCUGCACAAGUUCCCCUCGGGCCUCCCGCGGGCGCUGUGGGACAUCCGCGCGGCCAGGAACCGCAUGCGCGCCCUGGACAAGAACGACACCGCCUACCACUGGAACCUGCAGACGCUGGACCUGUCCGGGAACGAGCUGGACCGCGUGGUGUUCAUUAACAACACGCUUCCGGCCCUGCAGGCUCUGAACCUCAGCCACAACAAGUUCUGGACCGUGCCCACCAACAUGCCCCACAACCUGCAGACGGCGGACCUCUCGCACAACUUCCUCCUGCAGAUCCUGCCCGGCUCACUGGACCGGCUGCCGCGCCUGGAGAGGUUCUACCUGCACGGCAACCGCUUCGCCUGGGUGGGCGAGGGAACGUUCGCGCACCUGGACGGCCUGAAGCUGCUGACGCUAGGGGACAACCCGUGGGCCUGUGACGAGGAGGAGAACAUCACCCACCUGCUGGUGUGGGUGCAGCAGACCAGCGCCCGCGUCUUGGGGUGCCCGUGCCACACGCGCCACACCUGCGGGGAGGCCCACCUGGCCACGGGCACCUGGCAUUCCUACGCCUCCUACACGGAGCACCCGCUGGGCACCGACGCGCGCAAUCGCCUCCUGCGCGAGCCGAGCGACCUCAACGGGCCGUCCAUGCAGGCGGUGACCUCGGGCUACCUGUCCAAGUGGGCGCUCAUUAACCCGCGCCCCCAGGGCAACGGGAGCCUCUCGGCCGAGGUCUCGGAGCAGACACUAUCCCGAGAGGGCAGUGCGGCGCUGACGGUCACGCCGCACCGCGGCCUCGGCGCCCAAACCAGCACAGCCGUCCACACGCGGGCCGCCAAAAAGGUGAUCCCCGUACGGGCACGCAGCACGAGCCCUGGCCUGCACGCCACCACGGGCCAGACGCUCGCCUCCAGCCUUUUGAUUACCACGGCCAUCCUCAAGGGCUUCUGAUGGUCACUCUCAUGAACUCUAGCCUCAUCUCUCCAUCAGUAGUCCGUUCUUCCCCUCUCUGCAUAUGUGAUGAAGUUGAUUUGGGCUACUGAUUAUAAAGGCCUUCUGAAUUGCCCUCUCCUGCCCUCCACCUGCCCCCAACCUCCCAUUGCCUCCCACAUCCUCCCUCUGUCUGGCUUGAAUGUAAACAAAACAACAAUAGACACAGAAUGUGAUAACAAAAAGAAAAACAUAACUAAACAGUGUGCAUAUGAUGUAUUCACUCUCUCUCUGUCUUUCUGCUUCCAAACUCGUUAGCCGACCUCUGAAAAAUGUAGUUGGAAAAAUGUAUGGCUCUAAAAUGGAUAACCAUAUAUUCUGGAAAAAGUAAA